GCCUAGCCGAGAGAGAGAAAAUCUUGUCGGAAGAGAAGCACAACACAGCAGACUCAGGCCACUGGCAGUGGGGCUGGCAAGAGUGUGUGAAUCAAUUCUGUUGAUGUUAGAUUUACUAUUGUUUUGAUUAUUCGAUUCCUCUUUGGUGGAUACAUCAACAAUGUCGUUCGCAGGAUUAAAGAAACAAUUUAACAAAGCGAAUCAGUACAUGAGUGAAAAGAUUGGAGGUGCCAAAGGAACAGAGCUGGAUGAUGACUUCGUUGAAAUGGAAAGGCGCAUUGAUGUGUUGGGCAAGUUGGUGGAUGAUCUCAUCGCAAAGACGCACGAGUUCCUUCAGCCCAAUCCAGCCUCAAGAGCAAAGAUGUCAACCCGAAAUGCAAUCUCUAAAAUGAGAGGUCAGGAACAGAGAAUGUUAUACCCACAGCCAGAAGGAACCUUGGGAGACCACAUGCACAAGCAUGGUUCCGAUCUUGGAGUGGAGUCAGUUUUUGGGGCAUGUCUCGUUGAAGCUGGAGAAUCAUUUAAGCAUCUAGCAGAAAUCAAGUACAACCUGGAAGACAAUGUCAAGCAAAAUUUCCUGGAACCUCUCAAUCAACUGCAAAACAAAGACCUGAAGGAAGUCAAUCAUCACCGUAAAAAGCUCUCUGGAAGAAGAUUAGACUUUGACUGCAAGAAGAGAAAAAAGGAUAAAGCUGCUGGAGGGUCCAAUGUUACAGAGGAAGAAUUGAGAGUGGCUGAGGACAAGUUUGAAGAAUCUAAAAAUCUUGCAGAAAAUGCUAUGCAUAAUGUAUUAGAGAAUGAGGUGGAGUACAUAAGCCAGUUACAGGCGUUCAUUGAAGCUGAAGUAGAUUACCACAGGCAAGCUUUGAAUGCACUUCAGUCUUUACUGGAGUCUCUAGAUGAGAAGCGCAAUGAAGCAGCAAGUCGUCCACGAUCUGAGCACAUACCGAGACGUGUAGGCUCUGUGCGGCGCAGUGAGUCCCCCAAUUCCUAUGAUGGACCCAAUGAUGGCCCCAAUGAUGGCUAUGACAUGGGUGGGAAGUCAGGCAGCUAUGCAUUUAACAACAUCCAGACACCAUCUUAUCACCAGUCAGGCUAUGACCAAUAUGAUGACCAAGAUCCUUUUGGAUCUUAUGCUGUUCCAGACACCAAAAAGAAACCAACAGUUCGUGCUUUGUAUGACUUUGUGGCAGAAAAUGAUGGAGAACUGGGCUUCCAAGAAGGUGACAUGAUUGACCUGAUCAGCCAAGUUGAUGAGAACUGGUACGAGGGCAGUCUCCACGGUCAGGCUGGUUUCUUCCCCAUCAACUAUGUGGAGGUGGUCAACCCUCUAUGAUCUGCUCAGCAAACAAGGGCUCUACUCCACCAUAUCCAGGCUUUUCCCCCCGCCAACUUAUUGCCUUGUCUUUACCUCCAGUUUUAUUUGUAUGAAACCUGACUUUCAUUUAGUGAGUCUUGAAAACCCAUUGUUAGUGCAUGCAGUGUAACGUUUAAAGUGUGAUGCCUUUCUGUAUAUCUAUGGGGAAAACACAUUUUAUUAUUGUUUCGUUAGUCUUUUUUACUCUCUUAUAAGACAUGAAUUGGGGCAAACAACACCUAGCCACUCUCAAAAUUUAAGUGAAAUGAACUAAUUCUGAAACUUAACCAUAUGUGUUCAUUCAGUAUGCAAAUGAUAAUUGUUUUUCAAGUAAAUAUGGGAAAAGUAAAGUACUCUAGCUGCAGGUAGCUUAUUGAAAUCAGGUGUAUCACCUUUCUGCCAGUACAAUAGAAGUUUCUUUGCACGUCUGUGGAUGAAGAAAUCCUGUGAUCUGAGAAAGAAUGCACUACAAAUCUGACAGGAUUCUUUUUCCCUGUGUAAUGUCAGAUGGACAGAAAGUAAAAGUUGUAUGACUUUUCUGUAAUAUGCCCAGGAGCAUGAAUGUUGUUUAUUCGUAAGAGGCUUGUCAAACAAAUGGUAGUACCUCUGUGUGGUUAAUAUCCUCCAAAUCUUGGUUUGGAGUUUGUUUCAGUUCCAAAUUGCUCAAGAACAUCACAUCACCAAAAUGAAUGUCAAUACUUUCAUUCGUGUACUCAUAUGUGUUCUGGUGGUUCGAGAAGAAAGAGGUCUGCAGAAGCAAUAGUGUCAGGCACAUGUGAACAAAUUGUUUUUAUACAGAUACUGCUGACACUUUUUUAGACUUGUUUUGUUACAACUGCAUGCUCAGUAAUUAGUGUGUUAGAGAGAAGGAUGUACGAGUGUCAGUUUGUCAAAAAAGCGGGGAGCCUGCUUGAUAUGAGAUAUAUAAUUCUGACUUUUGUGUCAGGGCAAGGCAUUCAUAUCGGAACACCUGUGGCCAGGCUGUUAAAUGUUUAGAAAAUUGAGCUGUGCUCGCUCUGCCUUCUUAUUUGUGACUGCUAGACUGACUCAGUAUCAAGUGUGGUCUUAUCGGAGUCUGAUGAACAAUUGUAGGUUCCCCUGUGAGAUACGCAAAUUAUGUUGAAAGCGGAUAUAAAAACUUAAGUGUAUAAACUUUUUCCAAUAUCUUUGCUUUAUGCUCUGCGAGCUGAUCAAGCAAGUCCACAUUAUGAACUGUCCUGUAUUCUGAAUCUGUGUUUAGUCAGUGUAAAAUGAGCUAGAGAAAAUGGAAGUUGGAACCGUAAUGUUGUGGUUUAUUGCAUGUUGUAAUUGUUCAAGACUAUUGCUUUUUUUUUGUUUCCAUGUCUUUUGUGAAAGGAUCUGAAAGCUACAAUAUCUUUAUUAAACAACCAUCUUUUCUACACAGACAUACUAGUUCUUCGCUCGCAAUCAUACUACUGAAAGUAACAUGUACACAUUUGAAAAAGGAACUUAUAUUGUUAUAAAACAAAUCUCCUGUUAUGAUGGACAUAUGACAUGAAUUCUGCUUGAUGUGUAAGGUCAACAAGACCAAUAAAGAAGGCCAUGAAUGGUAUUGCAAGAGUACUUCUUUGAUAGCUUCAUGUAUGACAUCAGGACAACACAAAGUUGGGAUUUAGGUUUGUUGUGAGAACAUAAAUUAAUUCAUAUUUACAAUCUUUCCGUUUGUUUGUAUACAUUGUGACAGUUGACUGAAGCACCAGGAACUGUGUAAGAAGAAAAUAUUUUUGAAUUGCUACAAAUUACUGUCUUACACAGAUGGAUUCUUAUGUUUUACUCUCCCUUUUUUACUAUCUAAGAAAAUUGGGAGUAGCUACCUAAAUUUUCUACAUUGUGGUGUUCAAAGUUACAAUAAAAUAAACAAAAUAUUUCUAAGAAUCAAUAGCGAAAAAGAAAAUGGAUCCAGUUUGCAGAAAUCACUUGGUUUUGCUUUAAAGGUAAAUUGAAUACAUCAUGUACCAAAGUCCAUGUAUGGUAUUGUAUUUCACCCGGCAUCCCUGAAUAUAUCAUUCAUUGCUGGUCAAGUUCUGGUCAAUAUUUAUUCAAUAUAAAGUCUAUGUUCAACGUCAGUAGUUACAAUGUCAACUGAGCUGAUAAUUCUUCACCGACCAAGUGUCAUAUGAACAAAAGGCAGGUUCUUUCUUGUGAUUUAGUUUCCUUCAUAUCUUAAUCUUUCAUGUAAACAUUUUAUACUGCUGUUACGUUAUUGUCUUAUUUUUCCCCGAGGCUCUCUUGGCAUUCCAAAAUAAUGUACUAAUUUUCAUAUUAUUUUACGCUUCUGUUACAUCGAUUUAUAAUUGAAUUUGUUAUCGAAUAAUAACUUGUUUACUUUCCUUGGUGCUUACCUUUUGAUUACUAUGUCAGGAGCAGUUGAUCUAUUCACAUGUUCCCUCUCAAACAAGACCAUAGGAAAAAUAUUGAAAGACCUGCAGACAGUAGAUAAGUGAAGGGAUGGCUGCUUUAUGUUGACAUUUGUGUUCAUAGAGUCUAGGAUGUGUAAACAUUGUUUGGAGAAUCAAAGUUUUAAAAAAGUGUUGUCUUAAUUCUUUUAUAAGUCCUGAUUCACUAUUAUUUUAAUAUUCUCAUCUUAGAUUAUUUGCCCUUAACCAGUUGCCAUUUAAAAUAAGUUAAAAAUCACACGGAAGAGUGGUGCUUCCCAACGAGAAGUGCUGGAAGGUGCGGAUAGAUCUAAACCUUGAGGUAAAUUUGCCAAAGUGUAGGAGUAGUUUGUUAUGCUAGAUCUACUCGAGUCACCAAAAUAUUUUGGGGAUGCUAUGGAGCCCAGAUUUCUCCUAGUUUUUAUUGGAACAAAUCGAUCUACGUGCAGAUCUUCUAUUACUUUAAAAUCAGGGAAUGCAAUGGAGUUAGUUGAAACUUGGACUAAUAAAAAAUGAAUACACAAUAACUUGGCUUGUGGAGCGAUCCUAACCAAACUUAAUACAUGUUGAAUGUUCAUUGAACAAUCUUCUGCAAUGCUAUAUUUUUUAUUUUCAGGAAGAGUUAGAAGUUUGAUGAAAUUAAUAAGUAAAGAGUGCAAAUUGAUAGUCGUAAUUAUAGAGGGAGAAAUAGAUAACUUGCUCAUAGUGCACCACAGUUGAUUAUUUUGGAUGGAUUUUUUAAACACAGUGUAUGGUAUUUUAGGAGAUUAUGUCCCUUGCCCUAGGAAUUCAGGGCGAGUAUCAGGACACCUUCCUGGCCCUAAGGAUAAAUGGAUUAAUAUAGUACUAUGAGAUUCCAAGAAUGGAAGAAUGUUUUUGUGUACGAGGGAAGCUAAGUGUUUUUGUGUCAUUCUCUUUCUAUCACUGUUUACAGAGGAAGAUUGACUGUUAUGAAAAGAAUACUUUCUGAAGUUGAGAGAUAAAACAGAAACGAGGACAUGAAAAUUUGUGCUGGUCAAGGUUUUACAUCAAAUUGCGCAUUGGCUAAUGUAUUGUUUUGUACACAUUCGUUGGAGAGUGAUGAUAUAUAGUUUAAAGCAUAUGCAAUUAUUCAAAUGUAUGCGUUCAAUUCUAAUUUUUGUUUUAUGUUUUUAAAUUUGUAGAUCUUUUAGUUUCAAUGUUUAAAACAUCUAUUUUUACUGAUUUUGGUAGUUUGUGAAUGUCAUGCUUUGAAACUAUUGGGAAAAAACCUUGAGAGAUUUUGUUUCGGCAUUAUGUAAUUUGCACAAUUGUUUUGCACCUGAACUUGAAUAUAUGCAGGUGAUUAUUAUCUUUGUCUUGUGUUAUGAUCUGAAUGAAUUGUCAGUCUAUGACUUCCUUUUUCCUGACAUUUCAAGGAACAUAAUGGCAAUUGGUUAUCCAGUUGAUAAAGUCCUCCUAAUGUGGCUACCUUUUCAAAAUGAUUUGUAUGCAUGUGUUCUUUUUCUACUCUGACAAUGUCCCACGAUUGUGGCAGAUGUCUUGAAAUGACCUAAAUAAGCACUGUAUCUGUUAGUAUAGAUUUGUGUAUAAUAUAUAUACAUAUUUAUACAUCACUGUUUACUACAUGUUUUCUUCAACUGUGAUAGGAGUGAUAGACACUCUGUAUAGAUGAAAGAAAAAAUUUAAAAAACCUCUUCAGACUUAUUCUAGAAUUAGUGAUUGUGUCUGUUUAAGGACUUGGCUGUAGGUUAGCUUUUAUGUUAGUUUUUUUUUUCACUCUACCUGAGGAAUUAUGUCACUGUUUAAACAUUUGAGUACAAUUUCACCUUCUAUUUUAGUUUUGUGUGAUGAUUAUUUCACCUUGUUCAUUACAUUUUACGAUCUUCUUUGAAUUUUGUUGAUUGAGAGAAGUCUGAUAUAUGUACGAGAACUGUUUGGUUGUUUUAGUUGGGUUUUUUUUUCAGUUCUUGUAUUCAGUAUUUUCUGAGAUCUACUUCACAGAAGUUUUGUUUAUUGCUACUGUGUGUCUUUUAUGUAAUAAUUGUCAUAUAGUGAACUGGCCUGUCUGAUAUAUGCCAUCUGAUGUCCUUGUGAAUUUUCAAAUCUUAAGUAAGACUGGUUGACUAAAUUUACAAUGAAAAUCUGUAUGAAAUAUGAAUACAUGCUGUGUGCGUUAAACCUGCUCAAAUUGUUCAUUAAAGAAGGAGAAGCUGAAGAAAAAACCCACCAAAAUUAUUGAUUAGACAAUCUAUUAGUGUUAAAGCACCAGAGCGCAUAUUUCUGACACAAAUUUCUGAAAGCGUAGGGUACUUUGUUUCAUCCAAUAUGAGAUGACUAUGAAAUGCCAGUACCUGAAAUGUUUAGCCGGUUUAUUUUAAAAUAUUCAUUCAGAUGGACAUAGUGUUUGUUAUCAGAAGUCAGAGUUCAGUUUUCAACUUAUGUUGUUAACACACAUUCUUUAUAAUUAAUGUUCAGUUGCUUUUAGUAGCAGAGCAUGCAGAGUAUAUACUGUAGGAAUGACAUGCAUGGUGGUAUUGAUACUUCUGUCUUGUAUUUAUUUCACUACUUCUUGGUAUGUCUAGCACCUUUCUUACUUCUGUGGUUUUGAAAUUCUCACAGCUGUUAUUCACAUUUUAUUUAAUUUUUUGUUUUUGUAGUGGUAACUCAUUGAUUAGGCCAUGGCGAAGAUGGGGGCAGAAUUUUGGUGUGUUUAUUUGAGCUUAUUUGCAAGGUUGUAAUAUUUUUUACAUCUUACGAUUUGGGAAAGAACUUCAUCAGUGGCAUGUACACAAACAGAUUGAUAUAUUAUUUGUCCAGCAUGCCAUGUAGUGUUUACAAAUGUUCUGUGUGGGGAUGUUUCAUUUGUGAUACUUCACAUAGCACAGUAUGAAAGGUUGUUUUCUAAAUGGAUUUAUUUUGUAGCAAAUGAAUCAGCAUUAUGACAAUUGUUGUCAAUAUUGCUGGAUAAUUUUUUUAUUUGCAUCAUUGAAUUGCCAAUAGUUUAUUAGUUUACUUUAUGUGCCUUUAUUUUUGCUCUUUCGCCUUUCUUCUCUUUUCAGUUCAUGCUCCCAAAUCAGCCAUAUGAGCUGUGUCAGUGCAAUUAUUGUGGUCGGUAUUGUAAAGACAGUGAUGGGCAUGUGCUCCUUUGGGCAAGUUGAUGACAGAGUUGUUUUAAAGGAGAUAUUCCUGGAUGGAGUUUUUGAAACAUAGCAAUAGUAUAUAUAAAACUAGAGUAGUUCCUAAAGAAACUUGUGCUGUCCCAGACUCCCCCUUAAUUCUGCUUGACCUCGUUAUAUCUUCUUUUUAGAGGAUUGAUUUUUCAGCCCAGAUACUUCUCCGUUACUCCUUUCUUGCUACUUAGGUUUUUUAAAAAUGUUUUGAAAAGUGACUGUGUCAAUGUGUAUUCUGAUUUUUAAAACAAAUGUAUACUGUUGUUGUUAUCAACCACCACUACACAGCAAAAUAUAGGACGAAGUCAACUAAUGUGUGCAUAAUUAACAUGUUUUACUUAUUAAGUCUACCAGUAGAUUAGCUUGUCUCAUUGUUUUGAAAAUAAUUUCUUUCAUUUCAUUGUCUUUUUUUGUUUACUGAUAAUAAUUUUUUUCAGUGUGUAUACAGGGGAGAUGACCAGACCGCAUGUAAAUAAAACAUCUGGAGUUGCA